AGAUAGUCGAGACACCGUGCCACAGGUUCUGCAUAUGUUGAUUCGCUCUGGAAGUAGAAGAUUGCGGUGUUUUUCUUUUUUUAGUCAUUCUCGCCCAAGACUCCGGCAGCAGUAGGACUUUAGAAAAUUUUUGUGCUUAAGAGCUGUUGGAUUGGUUUCCCGUGCGCUUUAUCGUGUGUGAAGAAAGUUGUAAAGAAAGCUGCUUUUUGUUUUGUCACGCCUGUUACAAGGCCUAUUUCAUCUCAAUGUUUGUCUACACGCUGGUAAAUCUGUGAUGCGGCUCGCAGGAGAAGGUUGACCGCGAUGGCGUUCAUACUGUGAGGAUUUUCGUGCCAGGCCUUCCUCCUGAACGCCGCUAGCGUGCUACGUUGAGGACCUACCUUUGGUGCGCCCUAAGGAAGACACGCCUUCACGAGAUCGCGAGCAACGGAAAGCCUUUCUUGGUCGUUGACCGUGGCAGCAAUUUGAUACAACUCCCACUUGCGGUACAAAGCGCUGCGCGAUUGCGGACGACCCGUCCGACCUUUCUACCCCUUUGACAUCCACCACCACCUCAAAUUGAGCGGCACGCGGAAUUUGUAGCAGCUGCAGGUUGCGUACGCGUCCAAAAAUCAGUCACUUCUCACGCCGGAAAGACCUUACGAAGAUCCGAGUAGAACCUCGCACACCAGGUAGAAGCUCUGUCUAGAAAAGCAUAAAAAGGAUUCGAGCAUUUCAGGGAUAGCGGGCCAGGCUGUUGCUGAUUGAAAGAGGAAUCGAGAUCCGAUUCAGCCUCUGCUUUAUCGGAAAUAGACAUCCGCGUGGUCUUUGUUACUUUUCGCAGGAACAAAGACGAACACACCAUGAAUCUGUUCUUCGGAAGCAAGAAGAAAAAGGAGGAGAAGCCGGCAAAGAGCUUGGGGGCCGAGGCAGCAGACACGAUCAAGAGAUUGCGGGGGGAUAUCGAAGCGCUCGAGAAGAGGAGAAAAUACAUGGACGCACAAGUAGCGGAGCUUGAAGAGAGUGUACGGGACAAGGUCAGAAAAAAGGACAAAAACGGGGCCAAAAUGGCCCUGCUGCGCAAGCAGGCGUUGACCAAAAACGCACAGCAGAUUGACAACCAGAUACUCACCCUGGAAAAUCAAUGCCUGUACUCUUUUCUUCAUCACUUUUACCCUUCACAAUCAGUGUUUUUCCGGGAGAACAUGUAUCGACUUUGUAUCGACGACGACCAGAUCAAGCAGUUUUGUAAAAAAAGUUCUUUUUCUUUUUUGCAUCCAUCUCUCAAAAAAUUUCUAUCACAGGCAGCUAGAAAACGCGACAACCAAUAUGACGGCAGUGCGAGCCAUGGAACAAGGGCUUGCGAUGCAGAAAAAGAUAGCGCAAGAUAUGAAUGCCGACAAGGUACUCUGCGUUGUCGCUUAUGAUUCACGCAGUUGAAGACAUUUCGAUAUUUCUGCAGGCGCGCCGGAAUUCCAUAGCAUGGGACGUAAUUCACCAGAAGACUGGGAUUUUUGUUGUUAUUGUUUAUCUCAAACUCAGGUGGAGCAGCUUUUCGACGAUCUUGCAGAGCAGAACGAUUUCAGCAACGAAGUGUCGGACCUGUUUGCGCAGAGUAUAGUGAUUUUUUUCCUGCAUGAGAAAAGUGUGGUAACUGCUGUGUUGUCGUUUGCGUUUGGUUCUAACGUGAAAAUGACCUUGUUCCCCAGCUUGUAUCUCUAUCAUUGCUCAGAUGCGGACCAAAUUGGGGGCGAUAUGGACCUAGACGAGGAGCUGGACCAGCUAUCCGCCCAGCUACUCGAAGAAGACCUCUUAAACGCGAAAACGAUACCUUCAUCCUCGCAACCAGCAGCGGCAACCGCAGCACCCGCAUCAGCAAAGGUACAAUUUACUAACUACCGCAGCGCUCUCUACAGCAGGUUGCAAACGUGUUUUCUUUUCAUGUCUGUUUGAUGUACAAGCGUCCGUCUUUCUUCAAAUCAGCCCGCCGCCAGUGCAAAUCUUGCUGCAGACGAGGAGGCCCAGCUAGCAGAACUUCAGGCGCAGUUGAACUUCGCAUAGCAAGACAUAGUCCCGGGAAACGCUACUGCGAAAACGUGGCGCCGCAGAGCCUCUGCGAGCGAUGGCCACAAAAGCAUGAGUUUUCGGUCCAAGGGCGCGCAGGUCGUCGCAUUAGCGAGAGGAUGCUUGCAGUCACCGCAGUUUUAUUUGCACAGGAACACGAGCAACAUCCGUACUAUCCGAUGCGCAUGGCCUGUCGCAUGAGGCGCGGGCUACAGUACCGAAAAUUUUUGUGUUGAAACUGACCAUGAUACGCGGGUCGGGACCCUGAGUGGUAGCGACCAGGAUGGCGGACAUCGAGUGAUUUGCGCUAAAAUUUUGAUAGAAAUGGAAGGUUCGGAAAAAAAAACACAAAGCAGGAAGAUGUU